CCUUCGCCAAGAUUUUUUAUUAAUUUAAAUUCAUCUUUAAUUCGAUCGUGUGGAUCCAUAUAAUUUUCAAUUUCUUUUGCAAUUGUUUCGUUAUGUAUUCGAUUUGCACGUUUAGAUGUUAUUGAACGUUUAAAUUCUUUAGCUGAAGCUGAUCCAACAUUAACUUUAUAUGAAUCCGCUGAAGCACAAGAAUAUAGUCGUAACAAUGGAAUACAUAAAGAUUUUCGAUUAUUUGUAAUCGCCAAUAAUAAUCGAAAAAUGGCAAAUAAAGGACAGGGGCGCAUAAGAACAGGAUUUGGACCAUAG